AUGCAUUGGAGUCUCGCAUCACUCGUUACGGCUUUGGCCGUCCCCUCCUUCGGAUUCCUUCAACCUUCGUUGUUGAACCCACGCCAUCCACGGCAUUCACCCCGUGUUGAGAAUCAGCCGGUCCAAAACCCAACCCAAUCGUCGUUUCAAAACCAAACGCAGUCGCCGUUCCUCAAUGAGCGGUCAAGCGUGUACUUCUGGUCUUCCCUUCACAACCCAGCUGCCCAAGAAAACAAGGAGAUCCUGAUCUACCUGACCGGAGGUCCGGGCUGCUCGUCGAUCGGCGAGCUUCUCCAGCUGAACGGCCCCGUCUCCUGGCAGCCGGGGACAUUCCAGCCGGUCCAGAACAAAUGGAGCUGGCACCGCCUCACCAACGUCGUCUGGAUCGAUCAGCCGGUCGGGACAGGAUUCUCGCAGGGUUCCCCCACGUCCACCAGCGAGGCGGACGUCACCCGGGACUUUCUCGGGUUCUGGCAGAACUUUGUCGACACGUUCACCCUCCAGGGGUACCAAGUGUACGUUACGGGCUCGUCGUACGGCGGCAUGUACGCCCCGUUCAUCUCGAGUGCCAUGCUCGACCGCAACGACACCGCCUACUUCAACGUCUCAGGGAUGGCCGUCUGGGACGGGUUGUACUCCAAGUUCCCGCUGGUCGAGGACAUCCCGGUUGCUCGGUUCGUCGACAAGUGGAAGGAGGCUCUUCCCUUCAACGACACUUUCAAAGCCGGCAUCAAGGCAAUCGACGAAAAGUGCGGAUACUCGGCGUACCUCGACGAGUUCCUCGUCUUCCCGCCAAAGGGCCCGCAACCUUCCAUCAUGCCGGGCGAGGACCCAGUCACCGGUCUAGCACGCCCUGAAUGCUCCCUCUACCUCGCCACCUUCCUCGCCGCGAAAGAGCUCAACCCAUGCCUCAACCCCUUCGACGUGACCUCAAAAUGCCCCGCACUAUUCGCACCUUCCCGACGCCCUACUUUCGACCUCCCCGCUGUCAAAACCGCGCUCCACGCGCCCCCCAACACCACCUGGGCCUUCUGGCCAGGACAUGGCCACGCCACCCCGGUCUUCGCGGGGCCGGCGUCGACAUCCUCGCUCAACGCCGGCCCCGGCAGGCCAGCCCGUGGCCUGCCGGGGGUGAUCGAGCGCACGGGGAACGUGAUCCUGGGCCAUGGGUCGCGGGAUUUCUUGGUGCUGCCCGAGGGGACGCUGUUGACGAUUCAGAAUUUGACGUGGGGUGGGGGGAUGGGGUUUGGGGAACGGCCCGAGGGGGUGUUGUUCGUGCCUGCAACCGCGGGGGGUGCGGCGGGCGCGGGUGUUGUAGGCGAGCAGUCAUGCGGAGAAGGGGGUUGA